AUGUCUGACAAGCGAGGACUCCGCAGCCCGCAGUUAUUCACACCAGAGUUCGACACAGUAGCCUACGAUCCUCUGGACACAUCGAAGCGAUACCACACAGGUAUCUUCGUUGAAACAGACCCGGAGACUCUCCAAGGACAGCUAUUUAACGUCACCCGCGACAUCAUCGCGAACAGUGGCAUGCGGUUCGAAGUGAAAGAUAAUUAUGUUCCUGGCGCUGAAAAGUACUUUCACAAAACCACAGAGAUUGGAUGGAUUUUCAAAUGCGAUUAUGCGAGACUGAAGGAUAUCUUGGAAGCCUUGCUCAGCUCGACUAAACAGCAGGGGAUAGACUUCUGGAGCAAGGAUCCAGCUCAGCGGAAUAAGCUAUACUUGGACAAAGCAGAAUGGGGAUAUUUACGGACAAGAUGA